AUGAAUUCAAGUUCAAGUUCUAGUGAUGAUGAUGACGGCCGUGAUUGGGUGGCAGAUGUACUUCAAGGUCAUCCAGUUCGUUAUCAUGAAGCAUUUCGAAUGCCGGUUGAGGUAUUCCAUGCUUUAUGUGGAGUUUUACGGGAUGAUUACGGAUUGAUUGGUUCGGAUAAUGUUGGCAUUCUGGAGAUGGUAGCGAUGUUCGUAUCAAUCUUGGGCCGUGCUCAAGCAAAUAGGGAUAUACAUGAGAGGUUUCAACACUCAGGGGAGACAAUCAGUCGCCUUUUCCACAAGGUAUUGCUAGCAGUAUUGAAACUAUCUAAGGAUAUCGCUCAACCAAGGGGCAACUCAUUGCAUGAAAUGCCAAGGUAUAUAAGGGAGCAUUCCAAAAUUUCAUAUCGUAUAUGUUUCAAGGAUUGCAUUGGGGCACUGGAUGGGACUCAUAUUUCGGCAAUUGUCAGACCAGAAAAUAGACAAAGAUAUAUUGGGAGAAAAGGAGUUGCCACCCAGAAUGUUUUAGCUGUGUGUGAUUUUGACAUGAUGUACACUUAUAUAUCGGCAGGAUGGGAGGGAUCGGCUCAUGAUAGUAGGGUACUGGAACAUUCUCUGCGUGUUGAGCGUAUGAAGUUCCCAAAACCGCCACCAGGAAAAUAUUACUUAGUUAAUGCCGGAUAUACAAACAAGACAGACUUCCUCGCACCAUACAAGGGCGAGAGGUAUCAUGUUCCUGUAUUUCAAAAUGGAGCACCCACUUCAGGACCACGUGAAGUAUUCAAUAAGGCACAUGCUCGGCUAAGGAAUGUCAUCGAACGAACAUUCGGAGUGACAAAGAAGAAAUGA